UGUGACGUCAUAGCACAGUGCCUCCGACCAUGUUUCGGGAAGUUUGACUGGGUUGAAAAAAUUGACGAAACGAAAACUGUUGAACGAUGGGAAUUAUCAGAGAACUCCGAAACAAUCUGUCUUUCUUGGGACUUGUAUGCGAUGAGACAUUUCAGCGGAGCGUAAAAUAUGAUUGAAAUAUAUAAUUGAUCUGAACUCCAACAAAGACAACCGACUUUCGCCCAUUCCAAUAUUUUCGCGGCUAUUCAUAGGCAUUUCUUUCGGUGAAUAGAGUAAUUGAGAAAUAGACUGUUUGAUAUAACGGUGCCACUGCCAAGUUUUUCCACAUGAAGGUUCAUUCUUUCCCUUCUAUCGUUAAAUCGCAUCAGACGAGCUGCCUCGCAUGAGACACCUCGGGGCGAGGGUUCUGCUCUACUCUGCCAGCUCGGGGAAUCAGGAUGACAAAACACAAAGUUGGACGAUUUUUCCUGGCGACAUGCGUUGGGUCACUUUUCAUGGUCAUAUUGUACUUUCAGAACAUCACAAGGCCAGCCGUGGAGCAGCCUGGGGGGAAGGGCAUUGGCCCGGGGAAGACAAGGAGAAGUCCACUACAGACCCUCUACAACGAAGACCAGUUGGACAUGUCUGCUGUGCAGGGGUCUCUGCGUGGUCGGCGGGAGCUGCUGGAGGAGGCGUGUCUCACCCACACCAGGAAGCGGCGGGUGUUGACCCCAGACGACCUCCGCCACCUCAUAGUGGACGAUAAGCAUGGCCUGCUGUACUGCUACGUCCCCAAGGUGGCCUGUACCAACUGGAAACGGGUCCUCAUGGUCCUGACGGGGGACGGACGCUACCGCGAGCCCCUAGCCAUCCCCGCCAACGAGGCCCACGUGGCAGGCAACCUGCGCACGCUGUCAGAGUACUCCACCGGCGAGAUCAACCACCGCCUCCGCAGAUACCUGAAGUUCCUCUUUGUUCGGGAGCCCUUCGAGAGGCUGGUGUCGGCCUACCGCAACAAGUUCACCCGCAGCUACAACACGGCCUUCCACAAGCGCUACGGCACCAAGAUCAUCCGCCGGCACCGGCCCCACCCUGAGCCGGAGGCGUUGGAGCAGGGCAACGAUGUCUCCUUCCAGGAGUUUGUACAGUACCUGGUUGAUCCCCGCACACAGAGAGAGGAGCCCUUCAACGAGCACUGGGAGCGGAUCCACUCACUGUGCCACCCCUGCCUCAUCCACUACGACGUGGUGGGGAAGUAUGAGACUCUGGAGCAGGACUCCCGCUCUGUGCUGCGGCUGGCCGGCGCUGACGGGGAGGUCCACUUCCCCACCUCAGGCAAGAGCACCAGGACCAACGGGAACAUGGCGGCUCAGUUCUUCCAUAACAUCAGUCCCUUCUACCAGAAGAAGCUGUACAACCUUUACCGCAUGGACUUCCUGCUGUUCAACUACUCCAACCCAGAGUACCUGAGGUUUAGGUGAGGGCGGCUCUCUCCAUGUCAACUGGGAUUUAGUAAUCAAUCUGGGUGGGUGUGUAGUGGUGUUCAGAUGUUAUUUCUACCAGUGGGGGAAUCCCUGCAUUGUUACAUGUAUGAUCUUUAUUAACAUUGGUGACUUUCGGGGCACUGUUCAUUCCUAGUACUUUUCAUGUGGCCUAUAUAAGAGAGAAGCAGGUUCUUCUUGUUGAGGGUUGUGAAGAACAGGUUGUGUGCGUCACAGAAUCCCCCUCCUACACCUUCCUCUUUAUUUAUACAAUUGUAAGAGUAUUUAUUGUAAUUAUAGACUGAGUCAUGGACACUUGAGUGAAUUGUGGGAGAACAUUCAAUUUAUGCAUUUCUCUCUGCUUGCACAUACAGCAUGUUUCCUUGGCUCUUGGACAUCUUAUGUAGCCAAAAUGUUCCUCUGGGGACAAAGGGUGUUGUAGAACUUACAUAAACCAACAAGCAAAAGAAAGCAGUCUACACAUGAAAAAUCAUGAAAAGGCUGCCAUUUACUCACAGAAUUAUGAGGUUUGCAAAGACCCAAUGUGAAUACAUUUUUUAAACUAAUUUAAAUGAAAAUGAGGUGAUAAAUUCAACAUGGUGGUAACAAAUAAUUGCCUCUGUUGGUGGCCACCUGUUCGUUGAUGUUAUGCAAGCCAGUUUGAUAGUAAAAAUGUUAUGAUAAACAGUGUAUACUGGAUAUAAGAAGCCUAGCAGGCAUGAUGACUUCAGAUAGGGAGCUGAUGACAGGAAUACCACAUGCUCUGUUUGGCAGAGUCACCUCUUUCUUUAGCUCACGGCAGACUGAGCAAACAGCUCAUAGCUGUGGUUUGGUCCAAGGCUGCCCUUCGUCAGAGAGUUCCUUGUUGAACUGUGGACAGCCACGUAGGGCUAACUAUCUACACGGGCACUACAGGUUAAAACCAGGUAAGCCUUUCUGGUAAAAGACAAAUAUUCUAUUGAAUUUAUACCAUGCUUACAAGUGCAAUAUUUUUCAUGACUUGAUAUGAGCUGUAUAUAAAGACGUUUAAUAUCACAUGUUGAUGCCUGUUGAUGUUGUGCCUCAACAGUUUGUCCAUAAAAAUUGUAUAUUUACCGUUUACUGCUACAACAACAUUAAUUUGCAUCAAUUGAUGCUAAAGGCCAGGGUUACCCAACUGGUGGCCUGUGAGCUGAAUUUGGCCCGAGGGUGAUUUUAUUUGGCUCCCCAAGUUUGAGCAAAAAAUAAUAAUAGUUUAAACAAAAAAAUGGACACAAAGAAACUGUAAAAACAUAAGCAAAUCAGCUCCAAGUGAUUUUAAUUUUGGAAAUCUGUUCCCAAAUAUUCCCACGCAUAGUAGAGAGAUACACGUGAUCGUAUAAAAUGUAAGCAAGGUUUGAAAUGAUUAUGUUUUAGUCAAAUAUUAUAUCCGUUUGGGCUUCUUCCAGUCUACAAAUUAUUUGAAAUUAUGUUUCGCCCCCCUGAUCAUCCGCUCAAAAAAUGAUCCCCCAAUGUCUGAAUCUAGUGGAUGAUCCCUGCUUAUAGGCCAUGUGUUGAGGUAGCAGUGGUGUGGAGGACAUGUUCUUGUGUUGGAAACAACCAAAUACUUUACAACCUUAAAAUUGUUGCCUUGAAAUAGAAGUAGACUCUCGUCUGAAUGAAUUUGCUCCUAAUGUUAACGAGCCAUAAUCAAGUUGUGUACAGCCUGUUUCAGACAAACACCCGUAGACUGUGAAUAAUGUCUGGAGUGAACACAGGUGUCGACCAAUAAGAGUUGCCUCAGUUCAUGAACUCCUCUCAGCUGGGAAGUGGCUGCUCUAGAAAAUCCAGAUACAACAUUUCACCGUUGUUGAAAAGUAGUCUGGAAGACCUGGUAUUUAGCCUACAGAGAAGUGUGUAUUUAUUAUACCACUACUACAGGCUGGUUCCUUUUCUCUUAGUUUUGUCUGAUAUGAGAGUACUCUUAUGUUUAUUUUGCAAAUUGUAUUUUAUAGUAAUAAGAUCCACCAUUUAAUAUAAAUUAUAUUUUUUACACUAAUUUCUCAACAACCAAGCACCCAGUAGACAGUGAUGUCAUCGUGUAUUGUCAUUACCAGUUACACUUCAAAACUGUCAUAGAAGUUUCCUUUAUUCAAGUUUCCUUCCUGAUUCGCCUAGUUAAAUAAAGGUUAAAUAAAAUGUAAAAAUCCAUUAUGAAUGACUGUUGUUCUGUGACAGAAAUCUAUUUUGCGGCUAUGAAACUAUUGUGAAGAAAUUCAAGUUUGCUCCACUUUUGAAAAGUACAAAGCCCAAUCUGCAAUUUCUGCAUGAUUCAUUCAUUGGAGAACAUUUAACACCCGCUUUAAAAUGCCCUCUAUGUGCUCAUCCUGUGAUACCAUCUUACUGUGAAAUCAUACCAACAAAUGAGCUGGUACAGACCAGUGGUCAGAUGUAAACCAACGGGACUGACUGACUGGUGGACAGGGAGAGCUGAGAGAGAAAGAUGACAGUUUAUGUGGUCACAUACCUGUUUAGCAUUUGUUAUUACAAUAGGACUGACCAGAGUCACAAAUGCUUGUACAUUUAUGAAGUAUUUGAUAUCAUGAUUUGUAAAUGUCUAUGAAAGGUUAUUUAAAUAACACAAGAGUUCUGCAAUUGUGUAGAAAAAGGCAUGUUUAGAUAACCAAUGAGCUGGCAGUGAGGACACCACAGUCAUACCAUACAGAAGACAUGUGAACGGGAACAUUGUUAUGUCUAAAAUAAAGCUACCUUCUCUUUGUGAUUAUACGAAA